CCCGGGGACAGUUCUUGGAGGCCAGGGGCGGGUCAGAGAAGCGGCCGGUGCAGGCUACGCCUUGGAACCCGCGGACGGCGACUGCAGCCACAGGUGCCGCGCAGGGCGGUGUGUUCCAGCUCUGGGCAUCAAAACUCCAGCGCUGGGAGCUACGGCUUCCCAGCUGCUCCCAACCCUGGACACCGAGGCCCCCGGGCCGGAGAGCGAAGCCCUGGGGUCGUCCGAAGAGCGGGGCCCUGAGCCCCCCGGGUUAGACAGAGAAAUUCCCGGGCCUGCCGCAGAGCAGGAUACCGAGGUCCCCAGGCCAGGAGGCGAGGUCCCCGUGCCCUCCCCAGACCAGGGCGCGGAGACCCCCGAGCAAGAGAGCGAAGUCCUCGGGCCAUCAGCGGGGCAGGAGGCAGAGCGCCCUGGACCGACCGCAGCUGAGGGCUUUGAGAGUCCUGGGCGAGGCAGCGACGACGCUGAACCGUGUGAAGCGCGAGGCGCGGGGCUCCUGGAGCAGUGUCCCUCUCAAGGUCCGGAAACCUCCUCUGAGUCAAACUCGGAAUCCCCCCAGCUGCGUUUUCUACUGCGCUCCGAGACCCCACAACAGCCCCCAGAGCAGCCGCUCAUGGAGACGCCCAUCGAGCGCGAAAUCCGCCGCAGCUGCGAACGCGAGGAGAGCCUGCGCCGGAGCCGGGGCCUGAGCCCAGGUCGCGCGGGCCGCGAACUCGUCGAACUGCGUGUGCGGCCGGUGCUCAGCCUGCCGGGCCCCGGCUCCGCGCUCCCGCGCGCCUUGGAGCGCGCUCGGGCGGGCGCGCAGAUGCAGCGAGACAUCGAGCGGGAGGCCCAUCGGCAGGCGGCGCUAGCGCGCCCCGAGAUCCCAAAGCAGCGCGCCCGGCAGCCGCCUCAGCCGCUGGGCGAGCUCAAGCGCUUCUUCGAGGCUGCCGGCGGGUGCGGCUCCUCGCUGGCGGCGGAGGGCAGCGCGGACCCGCAGCGGCUGCCUGAGCCCGGAGGUCGGCCACGUUCAGUCGUGCAGAGCCGGUGCCCGGUGCUGGCCCGCGCCCCGCCGCCCAUCGCACCAUCGCUGCUGGAGCAGGAGGUGCGCGAGGUGAAUGAGCGCGAGCGGGAACUGCAGCGCCAGCGCCUCAGCGUCUACGGCACCGCCGAGUUCAAGGAGCCCGCGCCCAGCCUAACUGCGAGCAGGGGCGACGGAAAGCUGGCGGUGAUCUGGCCUCCCCGCAGAAAGGCUUCGGAGAACGGCCUGGAGCAGGAGGAGCCGAAGCCUUGAGGUUCGAGCCGGCUGGGGUCCCCGGACGAAGGUAACAUGCCCGUCAGAGGACCCAGGCAGGGGCGCCCAGGAGUGCCCUCCGGAUCGGCGGAAGACCUAGAGAGGGGCUACAGGUCUGAGCCAGGAAGGACGCAAUCGAUCAGCCCCUCCUCGAACCUGACUUUGUGAAAUUGACCAGAAUCUUCUAUAAAACUGUUAGUCCCAAUGGGGAAACACCACUAUCACAACCCCGCCAGUAAAACUGCCCCGCCCUUCUCCACCUAACUGCAGACGGAGCUAGCCUCUCCUUCCGGCCUUGACUGUUAGAUAGGGGUCACCUCCUCGGCUGUCCCCACUCCCCAAUAAAGCCCCUUCUUUCUGGGCAGUGCAGGGCUGCUUUUUUCUGGGUCCUCUUCGUCUGCGGUGGGGUGGGGCGGGAGCGCGGCGAGAGGAGCAAGGCUUGAGAAAGUCGCCGGAGGCGCCGGCCGGAAUGCAGAAUGUCCCCUAUCUCCCUGUUCCAGGGCCGCAUAUCUCCCCCUGCCCGGCCGGGGCCCUAGUGCCCCCUGGCGACGCGGGCGCGAACUGCGGCGUUGGGACAAACGAACCCAUGCCCACCCUUUCCAGAUUUCGUCAACAUUUAUUGGUGCCAAACCACAUGCCCCGCGCAGGGUGCUGGCUAGACAGAGGUGAUAAGAGGUUGUUCCCGCCCUUGGGGACAUAAACAAUGGCUACAAAAAAAAGGGAGUGGUAUUGGUUCAAGCUCCUUAGUAGGGCAUGCAAGGCCAUUUAUAAUCUGCCUAGCAAUUGCAAACCUCACAUGCCUACAGACCUUAGGCAGAUAUUAAGAGAGAGACAGGGUGUGCUGUAAAACAAAUGCCUCAUUUCAACAGGCAGGUAGGUGUUCUUCCAUAUCACCAGUGCUAUGAGUGAGUGAGCUUAGUGGUGUCAAGCUUCUGCUUUCCAAAAGCAACUGGAGGGAAUUCCCUGGUGGUCCAGUGGUUAAGAUUCUGUGCUUUCACUGCCCAAGGCCUGCGUUCAAUCCCUGGUCUGGGAACCAAGAUCCCACGAGCCCCAUGGUGCAGCCAAAAAAAUAAAAAACAAACAAACAAAAAACCCCCAAAGCAACUGGAAGUCCAGGCUUUAAAAGAGAAAUCUACCAAACUUUAAUUGUGACUAUUUAGAAAACUUUAAUUGGUGGGGGGCAGGAGGGGACAGCAAGCAACACCUGUUUGCAGACGGGCUUAUGGCUGUCAAUUGGCAAGCCCUCCUUAAUUUCCCUCUGUCCCAAGACAAGGGGUCCAAGGCUCCCCUGGAUGGGAUUCAAGAUAAGCUGUAAGACUGCAUCUGUGCAGUAUAUUCUGCAGUGUUAGUGUAUCAGCUUCUUAGAGGUGCGCUGAGACCCAGAAAAGACUUUUAGAAUCAUUGUUUAAACUCCUGGAUUUGUCCAAUUCUGUAUGCCCUGGGUCUAGCUCACACAGCACUGCACCCCAACAGUAGCUCAGCCCAAGGACCCACCCCUGACCCCAUCAUCAGCACACUGACCACAUGGUUGACCAUGACUCUGGGAGGUACAGAGAGAAAAGCAGGAAAGAGCCAGCACUGCCAAAGUGGAAAAUGGAAACGCCAAGAACCUGUUCUUAAUCCUCCCAGCAGGGGAGCUAAGAAUUAAGUAUGUAGAGUUAACAGAACUGCUUAAGUGUAGGCCUGGGUUCUCUAACUUUCUUGCAUAUUAAAAUCACCUGAGGCACCCUUAUGCCAAAUAAAUCAGAAUCUGAUAGAGGCCUUGGCAUCAGUAAAGCUCCCCAGGUGCUUCUAACAUGGAGCCAAGUUUGAGAGCCAUGAGGUCGAUGUAGGCUAGCAUUUCUCAAAGUGUGGCAUCUGGACGAGCAACGUCAGCAUCACUUGGGAACUUGUAAGAAACACACAUUCUUGGGCUCCAUCCCAGACUUAAUGACCAAACCCUCCACAUGACUCUAAAGUUAGAGAAUCAUGGGUGUAGACAGGACCCAAGAAAUUAAGCCUGUUUCCUUCCUCUCUGUGUUGUCACCACCCACCAGAAAUCUAGUUUUAAGUGGCUUGUGGAUUUGUCUUAAGGGAGAUAGAUUAAAUCUGCAUGUCGCUAGUCCAAAUUGAGAUGUUCUGUAAGUGUAAAAUACACAAAAGAUUUUUAAAACCUAGUACAAAAAAAGAGGGCUAUCUCAUUAAUAAUUUCUUACAUUGAUUAUAUGUUGGAAUAAUAUCUUGGAUAUAUGAAG